GUUCAAAAUGCAGGAUUAUAACAAAGAUGAUAUGUCAUACCGAAGGAUUUCGGCUGUUGAACCGAAGUCUGCUUUACCAUUCAAUCGUUUUUUACCCCACAAAAGUAGACAGCCAUCCUACAUGCCAGCGCCCUUGAGGAAGAAAAGGCCGGACAGAAAUGAGGAUAACAGAAGAAGUUGGGCAAGCCCGGUCUAUACAGAUGCAGAUGGAACAUUUUCAAGUAACCAGAGGAGGACUUGGGGCACAAAUGUGGAGAACUGGUCAACAGUACAAGAAACUUCAAAUUCCUCUUGUUAUUUGGAAGAGGAAGAAGAAAAGACAACAAGCAUACCCAACAUUGUUAAGGAUGAUCUUUAUGUGCGAAGGCUAAGUCCUGUCAUGCCAAACCCAGUGAAUACUUUCAAUCGGUUUCUUCCCAAAUGUUCUACCCUAGAAGAUGUGAACUGGAAAAGAAUAAAAAGGGAAACUUAUAAACCAUGGUAUAAGGAAUUUCAGGGAUUCAGUCAGUUUUUAUUACUUCAGGCCCUUCAGACAUACUCUGAUGACGUCUUAUCUUCUGAAACAAAUAUCAGAAUUGAUCCUACUUCUGGUCCAAGACUCAUAACACGCAGAAAGAAUCUCUCUCAUGCACCAGGAUAUAGAAGAGACAACCUAGACAUGUCAGCCCUGGAUCCUGACUUAGAGAAUGAUGAUUUCUUUGUUAGGAAGACUGGGGCUUUCCAUGCAAAUCCAUGUGUUCUCCAGGCUUUUGAAGAUUUUAGAAGGUUUUCUGAGCAAGAUGAUCCUGUAGAGCGGGAUAUAAUUUUGCAGUGCAGAGAAGGUGAACCUCUACUUCCAGAUUUAGAAAAAGAUGAUAUGAUUGUUCGCCGAAUUCCAGCGCAGAAGAAAAAGGUGCCUCUGUCGGGGGCUCCUGACAGAUACCAGCCAGUACCUUUUCCUGAGCCUUGGACUCUUCCUCCGGAAAUUCAAGCAAAAUUUCUCUGUGUACUUGAAAGGACAUGCCCAUCCAAAGAAAAAAGUAAUAGUUGUAGAGUAUUAGUACCUGCUUAUCGGCAAAAGAAAGAUGACAUGUUGACCCGAAAGAUCCAGUCUUGGAAACUGGGAACUGCUGUGCCUCCAGUCAGCUUCAUGCCUGGUCCUUGCAGUGAGGCCGACUUGCAGAAGUGGGAGGCCAUCCGGGAGGCUAGCAGAGUUAGGCACAAGAAACGGCUGAUGGUUGAGAGACUUUUUCAAAAGAUUUAUGGUGAGAAUGGGAGUAAGUCUAUGAGUGAUGUCCGCUCAGAGGAUGAUCAAAACUUGCGUAAGAUGCGUUACGAGGAGAUGCAGAAAAUAAAAUCACGAUUAAAUGAACAAGAUCAGAAAUGGCAAGACGACCUUGCAAAAUGGAAAGAUCGUCGAAAAAGCUACACUUUGGAUCUGCAGAAGAAAAAGGAAGAGAGGGAAGAAAUUGAAAAGCAUGCACUUGAGAAGUCCGAGAGAAGCUCUAAGACGUUUAAGGAAAUGCUGCAGGACAGGGAGUCCCAAAAUCAAAUGUCUACCAGUGAUCAGCAGAGAAGAAUGACACCCAGGAGGAGAAUAUAUUCUGAUGAUGAUGUAUUGAAUGAAGAAGAGCUGUCCCCUACAUUGACUAUGUCAGAAGCAAGUUCCCAGAGUGAGAGAGUGGAAGAAAAGCGAACAACUUAUCCUACAGAGGUUUCUAAAGAAGGUUCUACAACUUUUGCAAAAAGAGAGGACUAUGUAACAGCUGAAAUUCAGUUUCCUUCCAAAAGCCUUGCAGAAGAGCAACGCCCAGUCUCUUUGUCUUCUCAGCAUUCACGGAGUACACCAGUGGAGUCCACUCGGGUUUCAGCUUCUCUCCCUAGAAGUUACCAGAAAACUGAUACAGCUAGGUUAACAUCUGUGGUCACACCGAGACCUUUUGGCUCUCAGUCAAGGGGAAUCUCAUCACUCCCCAGAUCCUAUACGAUGGAUGAUGCUUGGAAGUACAGUGGAGAAGUAGAAGGCAUUAAGAGAACUCAGAACACCUCUGUUGAGAAACCAGGCGCAAGCGAGCUUCCUUCCAGCUUGAGUGAGAAAGAGGCAGCAGCGAGAAAAGGGGUGAGACUGCCCUCUCCUACACCCCUCUUCUCAUCUCUCUCUGAGGACCAGACUGACAUGUCUAAAGCUGAAUUGUCUUCAACAUCUGGCCUGGAUUUAAUGUCUGAAUCUGGAGAAGGGAAAAGCUCAUCACAAACAGAGGUCUCGGGAUCACAGGAUCAGUUCAGUGAUAUGAGAAUCAGCAUAAACCAGACGCCUCGGAACAGUGUUGACUUUGGGUUUACAGUAAAAUGGGAUCUUUCUGGGAUCUUCGUAGCAUCAGUUGAAGCAGGUAGCCCAGCAGAAUUUUCUCAGCUACAGGUAGAUGAUGAAAUUAUUGCUAUUAACAACAUCAAGUUUUCAUAUAAGGACACAAAAGAGUGGGAGGAAGCCAUGGCUAAUGCUCAAGAAACUGGACACCUGGUAAUGGAUGUCAGACGCUAUGGAAAGUCUGGUUCACCUGAAACGAAGUGGAUUGACACUACUUCUGGAAUUUACAACUCAGACAAAUCUUCAAAUCUAUCACUAACAACUGAUUUCUCCGAAAGCCUUCAGAAUUCUAAUACUGAAUCCAAAGAAAUCAAUGGAAUUCGUGAUGAAAGCAGUACUUUUGAAUCAAAAGCAUCUGAACCUAUUUCUUUGAAAAAUUUAAAAAGGCGAUCACAAUUUUUUGAACAAGGAAGUACCGAUUCUGUGGUUCCUGAUCUUCCAGUUCCAACUAUCAGUGCCCCGAGUCGCUGGGCGUGGGAUCAAGAGGAGGAGCGAAAGCGGCAGGAGAGGUGGCAGAAAGAGCAGGACCGUCUACUGCAGGAAAAAUAUCAACGUGAACAGGAGAAACUGAGAGAAGAGUGGCAAAGGGCUAAGCAAGAGGCUGAGAGAGAGAAUUCCAAGUACUUGAAUGAGGAACUGAUGGUCCUAAACUCAAACAGCAUUUCUCUAACCACACGAGAGCCUACCAUUGCCACCUGGGAAGCCACCUGGAGCGAAGGGUUCAAGUCUUCUGACAGGGAAGGAACCAGAGCAGGGAAGGAGGAGAGGAGACAGCAGCAAGAGGAAGGUGUUAAUGAGGACCAAAGGAGGAAGCUGCAGGAACAACUCAUUCUUGAGAAUGAGAGGAAACUGAAGGAGCAACAAUAUCAGGAAGAGCAAGACCAGAAGAGGCGUCAGGCUGAGAUUGAGGAGCAGAAACGACGUGCAGAAGAACAGAAGCACCAAGCAGAAAGAGAAAGGGAGACUUCAGUGAAAAUAUACCAGUAUAGAAGGCCUAUUGAUUCCUAUGAUAUACCAAAGCAAGGAGAAGGAUCUUCAGGUUUGCUUCCAAGUGACAGGAAUAAAUCCAGAUCCACUACCGAACUGGAUGAUUACUCCACAAAUAAAAAUGGAAGCAGUAAAUAUUUGGACCAAAUUGGGAGCACCAGCACUUUACAGAAGAGCUCCAAGAAGGAACAAGUCCCAUCAGGAGCGGAGUUGGAGAGACAGCAGAUCCUUCAAGAAAUGCGGAAGAGAACAUCCCUUCACGAUGACAACAGCUGGAUCCGACAGCGCAGCUCCAGCAUAAAUAAAGAGCCUAUUAGUCUGCCUGGAAUGAUGAGAAGAGGUGAAUCUCUAGAUAACCUGGAUUCACCAAGAUCCAAUUCUUGGAGACAGUCUCCUUGGCUCAAUCAGCCUACAGGAUUCCAUACAUCUUCCUCUGUUCAAGACUUCAGUCGCCCACCACCUCAGCUGGUGUCCACGUCAAACCGUGCCUACAUGCGAAACCCAGCCUCCAGUUUACCCCCUCCUUCAGCUGGUUCCAUGAAGACUGUGACCACAGGUGUAUCCACCACCCCUUCCCCCACACCACGCAGCCAUUCCCCUUCAACCUCACAGUCGGGGUCCCAGCUACGCAACAACAGUGCAUGGCCUGUGAAAGUGACCUUGGCGGCUCUUCCUCAGGAGCCGAAGUCAGAAUCCGAAACAACCAACUGUACUGCAACGACUGCUAUCUCAGAUUCAAAUCUGGACAGCCAACCGCCAUGUGAUGCAAACCUCCAUACGAAAACACUGUUGCAGAUAGAAGAAGAGGUGGUUGCUGCUGAUGUAGAUCUAUAAAUAUAUGUUGAAUGUCUUUUUGCUCUCGUUUUUAAAAACAAUAAUCCCCCUUUUUUUGCCUCUUUAGAUUCCAUAGAAGCAUUGUAUUCCUGAUACGACCUAUAUUUUUGUUGUUGUUUAUUUAUAAGAAGGUAAUUAUG